GGUAUCCUCAAAGGUUGUAGUGAAACUAGCCGCGGAAGCUGAUGGUGGAAUAUCGUAUCACUCGAACAUUGAAAUUGUAAAUAAAAUAAUUGAGGGAAAACAGCAUUGAAAAUGUAUGCAAUAUACUGGACGAAGAAUGUGGAAAGUACUUACUUCCGUACAAUUAUAAAUGCUACUCUGUGUAGCAUAAAGUGCAUGGCUGGUAUGGACGACGAUGGAUUCAACAUUUUAAUACGUUCUACGUUCUUAACUAAGGCUCUCAUCACUCGGAAAUCGAACAUAUUCAUUGAUUUCACUAGCGUCCUAUCGUUCGAUACACCGUGGUUCAUUGCGUCCGGAGGAUCACAACGUUUUAUUUUGAGAAAGAAAACAAUAACAAUUUGUGGUAUUUCAACACGAACAAAGUUUCUUUAAUGCUCUGUGCAGCGAUAUAUGAUACAAGAAGAACCGUUUAAUGAAUUGAUAAUCUAGGCUUUUUGUUUAUUUUGGUAGCCUCAUGUAUUGAAAUAAACAAACUUUGACAGAUGUCGACCAAAAUGGUUCCUUGCCAAAUCGAUAAAAAUUCACCUUCUAAAUAAAUACACCUUGGUUCUGCGAAAAAAAAAUGACAGUUUGAAGCUAGCACGAGGAUUGCGGCACCGUACGGAAACAGUUCACCAACAGAAGCGAAGGAUAACGGACCAGGUCCGUAACCGCGGAGUGAAUUCCUAAAACACAACGUAGGGUAAAUAAAGAGAAGAAAACAACAAAAAGUACAAUAUUGGCUCGUAUCGCAUAAGAAUAGUCGAUUCGAUUUCGAUCUAAGCAAAAUUGUCGAUCGAAAUCGAAAUCGAAUCGAAAUACCUAUCGUAUACGGGUUUACGAUUAUGAUCGAGUAAAUCUGCUCGAUCGAUUGGUCGAGUAGUUUGUGUUCUGUCAAAUCAUUCGAUUGUUUACAUUUGUGAGCGCGGUGAACAAACGUGUCGCGAUACAUAUCUUACCACCAAUAUUUACUAUAAAAGUGAAAAAAUGAUUGCUUCCUUCUUGCUUUUCGAUAAUUACACCACUGAAACGGAAGAUCUCGCUAAAUAUCGUAGAAAACUAAGGAAGGAAUUGGAUCCUUUAGCGCUAGAAGAUACUGCUUUUAGGAAAAAAUUCCGAAUUUCUAAGGAAAUAUUUUUGGAUAUACUGGAAAAAAUUGCUCCGUUCAUCACUCCAAAGCACAAUCGAGGGUUAUCAGCGAAGCAAAAAUUAGCAGCAACAUUAAAAUUCUUGGCCCAAGGAUCCUAUCAACAAGGUGUAGGAAAUGAUUUCACCGUACCAAUGGGUCAAUCAACUUUUUCAGAAAUAUUUGACGAAACAGUGCGUGUUAUGGAACGUGAGCUCAAAGAGUGCAUAACGUUGGAGAUGACGGAACUGGAAAAGCAGGAGGCACGCAGAUUCUUCUAUAGCAAAUCUGGCAUCCCGGGUGUGGUUAUGGCAGCGGAUGGAACCCAUAUAAGGAUGGUAGCCCCAAACGAAAAUGCUGUGCUGUAUUUCAAUAGAAAAGGCUUUUACAGCUUAAAUGCACUUUUGAUAUGCGAUCAUCGUAACCUAAUACGCUAUGUUAAUGCGAAAUACAGCGGGUCGAAUCAUGAUGCGUUCAUUUUUGAAGAAAGUCCAGCAAACUUGUUCUUUGAAGAAAGAUGGAGGGAAGGGGACAGGCAGUGCAAGAUUUUAGGUGAUUCCGCAUACCCAUCAAAACCAUGGCUCUUGCGACCUUUUGCCAAUUCCCAGCCCAAUAGUGUGGAAGCUGAAUAUAACUUCAAGCAUGCUAAAGCACGAGUCAUAAUUGAAAAAACUAUUGGUAUGCUGAAAGGGAGAUUUAGGUGCAUAAAUGGAGAAAGACAAUUGCACUACACUCCCACAAAAUGCGUUCGAAUUGUAAAUGUUUGUUGUGCUUUACACAACCUGUGUAUUAUUAAUAGAAUAACUGAACUCGAAUGACGAGCACUUCGCAUACGAGCAAAACAUAUAUUCGAAUCCAAAAAUUUGUAACAAGCACAUUUUGUGGACUGUUUAAUUGUUUAAUUUGAAUCAUUUGAAUCAUGAAUCAUGAAGUGAUCAUUAAAAAUGGAAUCCAACGUUCACUUCUUGUGUGCUGUAUUUUUUUUCAUCUUCAUCUUGAAUUAAUUUCAGCCUUUUCAAUCCCAGCACCACAUAAUCCGUUGAGUACUAAAUUUAGUAACAAGUAUAAUACAUAUAAUAAAAUAAAAAUAUGAACUGUUGAUAUAACGAUGAUUUCACGUU